AUGUCGGUUUUGGAGCAACAAUGGAUGACGAUAGCAGGUGGAAUGAUGAUGGGUAGUAGUAGUGGUUGUGUCGGUGACGGUGUUGCGGUGGAUGAUCGUUUGCAGGAGCUCGAAACUUCGUUUUGUCGCGACUUUGUAUGUUGUGGCCAACAUUUACCGGACCUGCACGAUUUGCUACAUCAUUAUGAAGAGCAUCAUGCAUGCUGUACUAGUGAGUUGGAAGAGACAACAACAACACCUAAUACAGCCAUCGAGGUGGCAGCUGCAGCUGCUCCUCCAUCCACAACAUCGAAUCAGGAUGGUGCACCUCCUCCUCCCAUGUUGGAUAAUCUUGCAUUGGAUAUGCUAUGCAACAGCCAUGAUUUGACAACCACGAUUGAUCCAAUCAAUACCUUUUUUGCGGCAGCAGCAUUUCCUCCUCCUCCUGUGUCACAACAAGAUGACUUGGAUCUCGUGAAUGACUACAACAACAACAACAACAACAUCGAGAGCAGCAGCAGCAGCAGCAGUAGUGGUAGUGUGAGCGAGGAUGAACUUCGAACACCCACUUCACCCAUGUCUCCACAACAGCAACCCCUUUGGCUUGACCCUAGCAACAACAACAAUUUAGACUGGCUCAUGCGCGUCAACCAUGCGUUGCUUGCUGCAGAUGCAUGUGCAGAAGACCCAUCUGAACGCCCCUACAGGUGCCAAGUGCGUGGUUGUGGAAAAGCAUACAAGAAUGCCAAUGGCUUAAAGUAUCAUAAGGCUCAUGGUCACUGUAACGAUCACCUGGAAAACGAUUCCGAGCACCAUGCCAAAAAGCCAUAUCAUUGUGCGUUUGGAUUGUGUAGGAAACGUUAUAAAAACUUGAAUGGUCUAAAGUACCAUAUCGAACAUACGCACAUGGCAAAGCUUCGUAGGCAUUUGUAG